AUGAUCGAGCCAAUUGUGGCACUGCAUCUGUCUAACCCUGACAUUCCUGAGUUAAUUUUUGGAUUCUCAUUGGGUAUGAGCGAAGUUUGUGAGUGUUUAACUCCUGAUACUGUAAAUAAUAAGUAUCAUGGAUGUGAAAACUGGUGGAGGCAAGUUUUUUCAGUACAAGGCUUAUUGUGAAAAGCAUAGCUUAGAUCAGAAAAAGAAGGCUGAGAGUCUGCAACAUGGACCUGAUGAGGUCCGCCGCAUUAAGCAAAUCCGGCCAGCAGGCCAGAGCUACCUAUUGAGGUUGCAGGGCCUGCUACGUACAAUUCGAAUGGAGAAUGCUGGUGGAGGCAAUGAUGACGUUGGCCUGGAAGUAACAGAAGAUGGACGGGUGGUGUUAUCUCAGGGUCCGCCAAGCACGACGACACCGGUGAUGACGGGUGCAACCAUGACUUUGUAUUAUUUGUGAAACCUAGUGUUGUGUAACAGUUUGAUUGAGUUAAACUUUAAAUAGACUGUUGUUAACUGUUUUGUUGGUAUUGUGGCUUUCAUGAUUGAUUGUUUCAUGAGUGGAUUGAAUGAA